AUGCGCCGUCAGGCGCUAUAUCAUGUUUGCGCCAGCUGCCGCUUUCAGCUGGAAGCAAAGACCGUGCUGAGUAGAAGUGGCCGUCGCCAUAUUCAAAUCAGCGCGACUCCAGCAUCUUCAGAGCCCCAGCAGAACCUGGACGCCGCCAAUGGCAGUUCCUCGCUUGGCGCAGACGCACGCUUCGAAGUGCUAGGGACACCGUUCUCCCUCCUCUCCGCCUCCAUCUCCGCCUCGCAGAACCUCUACACGCGCAAAGGCACGCUCGUAGGCUUCAAUGGCAAGCCGGAGAACGCAGUCUCCACCCUGUCCCUACUGGGACCAUUCCGAAGAGCAUUACUAGGCAUACCAUUCAUCUACCAGCGAGUUUCGUCGACGACGCCCUACACUGCGCUCAUAGCAACCAAGUCCCCUAUAACCUCAGUAGUCGUGGUCCACCUAGACGGCAGGCUAGACUGGAUGAUCACGCAACGGAACGCCCUGUUAGCAUGGACCGGUCAGACUCUAGCCCUAUCGCCACGUACGAAUACCAGAAUGGGCCUCUCCCAUUGGGGUAAUACUCACGUCACCGGCCGCGGCUUGCUCGCCCUGAUUGGUCGCGGUCUGAUCCACCAAAUCACUCUCAAGACUGGCGAAGAGUAUGUCGUACAUCCCAGCAAUAUAGUAGCCUACAGCAUAAUGCAGCAUGCGCCGCAGCCGUAUCGCUUCAAGGCUAGUACGUUGAGACUGCAGAUUCCGAACCCUUUUACUUGGCUACCGGAUACGCGGUUCUGGCAAACUGUAAGAAAGAGUGCUGUAUGGCGAUACUCGAGAGAUGCGGCGUUUGCCGUGCGGACUUGGGCGAGGAGGACGAUCUGGGGAGACAGACUAUUCCUGCAUUUUCAAGGACCAGCCACAAUUCUCGUACAAUCACGCGGCGCCGCACUGAGCGACUCACUAACGACUCGGGACGUCAACGAAAUCGCAGAUACUCCAGCCGGCGCCGUGCCAGAAGCUCUAGCAAUCAAGCCUGCCGAUGCAGUCACACCAGGAGGUGGGUCCACAUCGACAAAGGCGACGCCUACGACCCUCAACUACGCCAGUGUAAGUCGGCAGGGGACGGUGAAGUUCGAUCGCAACGCACAAUAA